UGAAGAUGUCACAAAGGCACUCAGAUCAAGCUAGCCCUGGAACAGGAAGUCAGGUGGACUCUCCUACCAUCAACUGCAAGUGCUCCAGCUUCAGACGUUCUUGUUCCACAUCUUCCUUUCAAGAUAGUGACCAUAACAAGUUGUCAAAAUCUUUCUGCUGUAAUAAUGCAGAUAAAGAAGUUUUGGGAAACAAAGAAAAAGACCCAACAGUAACUCAUGAGCACCCUGAAACUUUAAACCUAGGCUUAACACAUCCUUUAGAGUCUCCCACUCAAAGAAAGAAAUGUGUCUUUUCUAGGAAGGAAAUGGAGAAAACCCCAGAACUUUGUGAAACUCCUAAAGUCAGUGGGAAAAAAUGUCUACUGCGGAGAAGAUUGAAUAUGUCUUUCUCUCUUCUAAAGGGGGACUUUGAAUCACGAAACAGUUCUUUAGAAAGUAGUAUAAGCCAAGUUCUCAACUUAGAAAAAAAGAUCCCAAGCAGUGCCACAGAUUUUCCCAGGCAAAAUGAUUUUAGCCCAUUAGUUACUAGCACAUUAAAAACAGAAGAAGUGACAUCCAACAGUCAAAACUUGAGACUAAAUUUUUCUCAACAGAAGACUUCCACAAUUGAUGAUUCUAAAGAUGAUUGUGACUUAUUUGAAGUUGAAUGUAUAUCUCCAAUUCAGGGCAAUAAUUCCAAAGAUUCUAUCACACAUGACUUUAGUGAUAGUAGUUUAAGUGUUAAUGAUGAAAAUACACAUCCUGCACUUCUGGGCUCCUCUGGUAGUGGAACAACCUGUGGAAUAGAUGAGGACCUAUUUGUGACUCCAGUAAGUAAUCUUGUAGCGAAUAUUAAAUUUAAUGCAAGUCAAACACAUUCUCCUUCAGCUGAAGUGAGACACAAUGUUUCAACACCUGAAGACAGUGGUUUCAACUCACUUAGCUUGGAGAAGUCUGAAGAUUCCCUCUCUGACCAGGAGAGUUCUUUUCAAGAACUAUUCCAGAAUCAUAAGGGGACUCUCAAAUUGGGGGACACCGUAAGAAAGUCAAGGCGUCUUGGAAGGUCGAGAAGACUGUCCACUCUUCGGGAGCAAGGCUCACAGUCAGAGACAGAGGAGGAAAAGCAGAUCACCCACUCCAACCCUGAAACGAGACUCUUGACCACUUCAAGCACCUCAGAGAGUGGGCUGGGCUGUGAUAAUAAGAGUGAAGAUUUGACCAUAAGCUUCGAGAAUUUAUCAAGAACCCCAGCCUUGCAAUUAGUGCAUGAGCUCUUCAUGAAAAACAAAAGGAAAAGAUUUCAGCAAAAGGAUGCCCAUGAAUUCUUGGAAGAAAGGGAUGGGGAAACAAUUGCCACCUUGCAAUCUGUUCUUGCAGGACUGAUUGGCAAAAAGAUGGGUAUAGAACAGCUGGACAUCUUAACAGAAUUAAAGUAUAGAAAUUUAAGGCAUAUUCUUGCUAUGGUUUUAGAUUCCUUGACUGCAGAGAGCCUGUACAGUGCUUGGAAAGUCAGCAAAAACUGGCGUGAAAUUGUUGUUCAAGAUAAAAAAGCAAAUCGGAGGAGGAAAUUUUAUAUCACACAACUGAAAGCAAAUUCUGAGGGUGAGGCUGUAUUAAAUGUUGAAGAUGCUGCCACUCGCCUCCAUCUUUUAAAUCGCUCAGCUUUAAGAUCAGUACAAGCUCAGGCUAAGACACCCAGUUCUCAGAAAGAGCAAGUUCCAACCUUAUCUCCUUGGGGAGAAAUUUUGACACCUAUAGCAAGCUCUUCAGUUAACCAUUUAAAUAGUAAACAGGAAGAAUAUGUUAAGGUUGCCAAAACACUUUUUAUUGAUGAAGCAUUAAAACCUUGCCCAAGGUGCCAAUCCCCUGCUAAGUAUCAGCCAUAUAAGAAAAGGGGACUGUGUAGCCGCACAGCCUGUGGUUUUGACUUUUGCGUGUUGUGUUUGUGUGCUUAUCAUGGGUCUGAAGAAUGUAGUAGAGGAACAGCAAAGCCAAGAAAUAGAAAAGAUGCUCUCCCAGGAAGUGCCCAGAGUAAGCGGAAUUUAAAACGCCUUUAAAGAGACGAAACAUAAAAGAAGCAUUCCCUCUUUGCAAUGUUCU